AUGAUAUGCAGCGACGAUCCUAAUCAGCAUCCGCGCCACCAAAGCACCAUCGAUUUUCCUCCCAAUCAGUCACCUGACUGUCUAAAGCCCACAUCUCCCAUCCUUGAUGGUAGCAGCAACGGCCAGGAUGGGCGGAAACGCGGUAGCAAAAAGGGUAACGCCUUUUACCACCUCGAGGCGGGAGCUGAGGGGACCGAAGAGCAAGGCACGGCCUAUCCCGUCAACUCCAUGGCUCUAGACCCAGCACAACAGUUUGUGCCUUCCUGGCAAUUUGAACAACCUGGAUUUUCCGUCUACACUACUGGGCAUGAAGCACAGUAUCCAGGACUCUUUCCACCACACCAAAAUUUUCUCGGUGUGAAUCAUGUACUACCCUGGAAUCCAGAGAAUGAUGAGGUCUGGAAGAGCACCUCUCCCUUCCCUCCUGAAGCCUACACUCAAUUCUCAACUGCUGAGUACAAUCCGUGCUGGUCAAGAGGCGUACAGGAAACCCAGUCCCUGAUUAUAGAGGAAACCAAACCUGAUCUUUUGCUCUACUCUUUGCCGCGUCCUGAUAAUGUCUAUGAAACGCCCUUUAGAGGUUCAACAGAAGGAUCUAAUCAGCACACAUUCCAGGCUCCUGAAACGGAGGAGUAUGUGACGCAAGGUGAUGAGAUGAAGCCUCCGUAUCCCUUUUCCAUAAAUGGGCAUUUGCCACUGGUACAUUUUCAGCCCGAAGACCAAUCAACUGCAACGAUUUCGACCUCCUCUCUGGAGUCCGACCUAAAUGCCGCCAAUAAUUCGGGCAGUGAGCCUGAGACCAAAGUGAACCACCUCCUGCGCUCCGCUGGCAUUGAAUCGCUUCCGCUGUGUUUUAAGGAGGGAGAAGUUUGGAACCCCUCCCCAUAUAUUGCUCCACCUCAAGCACAGCACCAGGCACCGCCGCCUCCUGCAAAUGUCACUAACUCACUGAUUUCCGAACAGCUUUCGACGGUUUUACCAAGUGCGGAGCCUGAUGUUAUGAAGUCUCCAAAUGAGGACGCAAUUUCCACCGGAUUCCCCCUCCUUCCUCCGUUUUCUCUUCCAGCUGCCUACAGGCUCAUCCCUCAAGCCGACAAUGCCGAUUUUGAUCUAUCUCAGGUUGGCACUGCGUCGUCACCCAACUCAGGAGGUGAGAAUCUUUCUCAGCCUCAGGAAGAAUUUCCUUCUUCUGAUGAUUUGGAACACUUUGCGAAGCUAUUUAAACAACGACGGAUCAAAAUGGGCUAUACACAAGCUGAUGUGGGCUUAGCACUUGGCACCCUCUAUGGAAAUGUCUUUAGUCAGACGACUAUAUGUCGAUUUGAAGCCCUACAGCUAUCCUUUAAGAACAUGUGCAAGCUCAAACCCCUGCUGCAGAAGUGGCUUCACGAGGCCGACUGUUGCACUAGCACAACUAGUAACUUCGACAAGGUAACCACUCAAGGGAGAAAACGGAAAAAGCGCACCAGCAUCGAAGUGGGAGUAAAAGGAGUACUGGAAGGUCAUUUCAUUAGGCAACCCAAACCUGCUGCGCAGGACAUUACCAACUUGGCGGAUACCCUUGGACUAGAAAAAGAGGUUGUGAGGGUGUGGUUCUGCAAUCGACGCCAAAAGCAGAAGCGUCUUAAUCCGGCAGCUUUUGAGAACGGGGGCGAUAUGAGCGAAAACUCUAUGCGUGGUGGAGAAGGUGGAUCCGGUUAUAGCACUCCCCCCUUCUGUGGAGGAGGUGGUAGCGCAGCUGACGGGACGCAUCAAAUUACCAAUUCCCCCUACCCUAGCAGUGGAGGCUUUUUCCAUGAGAACUCAUCAACUCUCUACUUUGAGGGUAGUUUCCCUCAACCGAACGCUGUAGAGGCUUGUGAAUAUCCUCCUCAGGCCCCGCCAUCACAGCCGCCGUCGCAUUCCUCUUGCUUGGUGCUAACUACGCCUCCUGACUACCUUCUGCCUCAUCUGCAAUCGGUAGAUAAACCGACAGAGGUAGUGGCGCCCUAUCCUCCGGCCACCCUGCCUGAGACAGCUAUAUACUCAGUUUAA